AUGCCUGAGAUCAUGCACACCAUUGCCUGCGAUGACCAGAUCCAGUGUCUUUGGGACGAAAGCAGAUGGCAUCGUGAGGUAGAAAAAGACUUUCCGAUUGGCAGCAGCUCUACCCAGGAUAAGAUUAUAUCAAGAAAUUUGACCCCGGGCGUCUCGAAAAUCGAUGACGCACGGUACAUAUUGAGACCGGAGGCAAUUGAAUCUAUUUUCAUCCUGUACCGUAUCACCGGCGAUACGAUGCUCGUGGAGAAGGCAUGGAACAUGUUCAAUACGAUCAUUAAGCAUACCAUCACAGACAUAGCCCAUGCUGGUCUUCACGACUGCACAGUUGACAACCCACCGAAGCAAGACAGGAUGGAGUCAUUCUGGUUUGCUGAGACCCUGAAAUACUUCUACUUGAUUUUCUCGGAGCCCGAUGUUGUGAGUUUGGAUAAGUAUGUUCUAAACACUGAGGCGCAUCCGUUUCGACGUCCUGUAUGA